AUGACUUUUGAAAACUCGCAAAAACUAACCGAAGCAGCAGCAGGAGCACCGGGAAGAUUCCGAGGGGAAGGAGGGUUUGGAGGAAAUGGGGAAGGAAUGAGCCGCGGGAGUCCGUCUCUCGGUCCGUACCCGCAUCCCGGGUUGAACGGAGGUGAUCCGCGCUUGCAAGGGUUUUCCGAUCCCGGCGGGCCGUUCGACCAGCGUGUUUCCUCGUUAGAAGGGUCCCCGUUUGGGAGAAAGUCCGUGGAGGCAGGCAGAGGCUCUCCCAGCCGAUCGUCUCUUAGUAACUGGCCGUAUGGGGCGAAUGAGGGCGAAACGGAUAGAGGAAUAGGCGGAGGAGAGGGGCGUGGGGACAGCCGGUUUAACCCUUCGCGGGGAGGUAUGGCUGCGCCCGGAGGGGGAGGCGGAGGCGGAGGGGGAGCGGGACGAAGCGCUGGUGUGGCGCAAUGGGCGGCUGCCGGAGCGAACGGGAAGGAGGCAGGGCGAAGGGAGGAUGGAGGGAGUGGAUGGGGUGUGAGUGGCGGCGUGAGCAACGGAGGCAUGGUUACAGGAGGCAGAGAAGGCGAGGGGUUGGACGUGGGAGGGGACCCGUGGCGUCGCGCUGGCGCCCUGGGCCCGGAUGGGCCUCAAGGAAACUUCCCGUUACCUCUGCACCAGCAGUUUCCGUCUGCCCAGCAGCAGCAGCAGCAGGGUGGGAUAAUGGGUGCAGUGACUUCGAAUGCUAACGGUGGAGCCUUUAACGCGGACGAGCUUACUCUGGAGCAGCUGACCGACCCUGCUGCUGUGGCGGCGCUGGAAGGCCCGUCGAGCCAGCAGACGAUUAUGGACCUUCUCGCCGCUGCCGGCAACGCCUUCGCCGCUCCACAGUUGAAAGCCUCUGGCCUUCACCAGCAGCAGCAGCAGCAGUAUCCGCAGCAGGAGCAGCAGCAGCAGCAGCAGUUUCAGCAGCACCACCAGCAGCAGCAACAGCAGCAGCAGCAGCCGCAGGCGCAGCAGGGAAGGGCGCAGGCAACAGCGCGCAAGCUAUUCAAUGACGACAUGUUUCCGCCCCUGGGCUCGCCCUCCGCCCCCCCGCCCGGCAAGGCCGGGAUGAGCGCGCAAGGCAGUGGCGGCGGGACGGGGAGAGGCGCAGCAGGCGCGGAGGGGGAUGGGGCUGAAGGCGGCGCCGGUGUUGGAAAGGGCGCGGAGGAUGUGAGGAAUUCUUUGGAGGCGCUGGCGGAAGAUAUGAAAGCGUUCGACCUCUCUGGUGACCCGACUGGUGACUCGGGUCAGUUUCAACUGCCGCAGGGGCGUGCGGGGCAGCAGCAGCAGCACGGACAGCAGCACAUGUCUCGCAAUCAGCCGCAGCAGCAGCAGCAGCAGCAGCAGCAGCAGCAGCAGCAGCAGGCACGGCAGCAGCAGCAGCAGCACGGUAUCCCCAUCCAUCCGCAUCGCCACCACGCUGCUUUCACUGCCGCCCCUCGCCAUCCCCCCGGGUCCAGCCCUGGCCAACGGUUCAGGCAUCCCGAGCAGCAGCAGCAGCAGGGGGGCGUGCAGCAGCAGGAGCUGCAGCAACUUCAGGCAAGAGCCCAGCAACAGCAGCAGCAACAACAGCAACAGCAACAGCAGCAACAUCAGCAGCAGGGGGUGCAGUUCCGCCCGCACGCCCACCGCCCGCCGUCCCUCCGCGUGGACCUCUCCCGCCUGAACUCGCACCUGCUGGCGCUCUUCCGCUCGCUGGAACCCACAGCAGAGGAGGCGGAGCGCAAGGAGCAGCUCAUGCGCACGCUCACGCGCGUGGCGGGCGCCACGUACCCGUCCGCGCAGCUGUUCCUGUACGGCUCGUGCGCCAACUCGUUCGGCGUGCGCAACUGCGACGUGGACGUGUGCCUGGCGUUGGACGGCCCAGAUGUGUCGCGUGUGGAGGUGAUCACGAAUAUGGCGACCGCAUUGAGAGCCGAGGGCAUGCUGAACGUGCAGGUGAGGGUGUGUGCUGGUGAGGAAGGGACGGCGCUGGUGUGUGCAGUGCAGGUGAGGAAGGGACGGCGCUGGUGUGUGCAGGUGAGGAAGGGACGGCGCUGGUGUGUGCAGGUGAGUGAGGCGAGGGCACUCACCCACGCGCGUGUGCCGAUAGUGAAGUUCAUGGAUCCAGCAUCGGGGGUGGCGUGUGACAUGUGUGUCAACAACCUGGCAGCCGUGGCCAACAGCCGCCUGCUGGCGGACUAUGGGCGCCUGGACGAGCGCGUGCGCCAGCUGGCGUUCCUCGUGAAGCACUGGGCGAAGCGGAGGCAGAUCAACGAAACUUUCCGCGGCACACUUUCUUCCUACGCCUACGUCAUCAUGUGCAUCCACUACCUGCAGCAGCGCCAGCCGCCCAUUCUGCCAUGCCUGCAGGAGAUGCAGCCGCACACAUACCGCGUGCAGGUGGGCGGCGUCGUUUGUUCCUACUACGACAAGGUGGACACGCUGCAGGGCUUUGGGGCGGCGAACGGGGAGACGGUGGGCGAGCUGCUGGCGGGGCUGUUUGAGUACUGGGCCUUCCGCCACGACUACAACCGCUGCGUCAUCAGCAUCCGCACCGGCGGCUUCCUCAGCAAGGAGGAGAAAGAGUGGACGAGGCGAGUGGGCAACGAGCGCCACCUGAUCUGCAUAGAGGACCCUUUUGACCUCGCCCACGACCUGGGCCGUGUGGUUGACCGCGCCUCCAUCCGCGUGCUGCGGGAUGAGUUCCACCGCGCCGCCAAGCUCAUGAGGCACGACCCCGAGCCGUAUGUCACGCUGUUUGAGCCGUACGUUCGGGAAGAUGAACGGUGA